AUGUCCAAGGAAGAUAAGAGAAACAAGUUUUUGAGCGUGUUUCCUCAAUUAGUGGAUGAAUUGAAGUCUAUAUUGGCCGGCUAUGGUAUGACCCAAGAUGCUUUGCAAUGGUACGAGAAUUCGUUGAACUACAACACGCCAGGCGGGAAAUUGAACCGUGGCCUAUCCGUGGUGGAUACGUAUGCGAUUUUGAAGGGCAAAAGCUCUUACGAAGAGCUUUCAGAGGAGGAAUAUUUCAAACUGGCCAUGCUGGGCUGGUGCAUUGAGCUCUUGCAAGCGUAUUUCUUGGUUGCCGACGACAUGAUGGACAAGUCGAUUACCAGAAGAGGACAGCCCUGCUGGUACCGCGUUCCAGAGGUCGGCGAAGUGGCCAUCAACGAUGCGUUCAUGCUCGAAGGUGCGAUCUACUGUUUGUUGAAGAACCACUUCAAGAAAGAAGCUUACUAUGUGGACUUAUUGGAGCUCUUUCACGAUGUGACGUUCCAGACUGAGCUGGGCCAAAUGCUAGACUUGAUCACUGCGCCAGAGGACCGCGUGGAUCUCGACAAGUUUUCGCUCGAGAGACACUCGUUCAUCGUGCGUUUCAAGACCGCCUACUACUCCUUCUACCUGCCUGUGGCCUUGGCUAUGUACGUGGCCGGUGUGAGCGACGAACAAGAUCUAAAACAAGCCCAAGACGUGCUAAUUCCUCUUGGUGAGUAUUUCCAGAUCCAGGACGACUUUUUGGACUGUUUCGGCAAGCCCGAAGACAUUGGUAAAAUUGGAACCGACAUCCAAGACAACAAGUGCUCUUGGGUUGUGAACACGGCUCUCAAGCUUUGUUCCGCGGAGCAAAGAAAGGUUUUGGACGCUAACUACGGCAGAAAGAACUCCGAAUCCGAAGCCAAAUGCAAACAGGUGUUUGAUGACUUGAAGAUCGACUCCAUCUAUCACGAUUACGAGGAAAAGACUGCUCAAAACCUCAGAAACAUGAUCCAAAACACCGACGAGACCCGCGGCUUCAAGAGCCAGGUGCUAACGGUUUUCUUGGAAAAGGUUUACAAGAGAAAGAAAUAA